AUAACCCAAGAUUAUUGCUGUGCUCCACCCCUUGCCCAGAGGAAUCUGCAAAGAUCAAAGCCCAUUGUGACAGCCACCACACCUUCUCCCUGUCUGCCUGAGCCACCUGGCAUAGCAGGGAGGCCGCACUGCAAGUGACGGCGCGAUAUUGUCGCAAAGAAAUGGAGCAGUACGGCCAGUGUGUGGCUGCCAACCCUUCCUCCUGGCAACAAGAUUGCCACCAGCUCAAAGUUGACAUGGCCAAAUGCUCGUCUUCGCACCCAAUUAUUCAGAAGAUCCGCAAUGAUUGUGCGGAACCAUUCUCUGCGUUUGAACAGUGCCUUAAAGAAAACCAGACCUCGGUGAUGAACUGUGCUGAGCACGUGCAACGGUUCCUACAGUGUGCUGACCAAGUGAAACUAGCCACAUAAGUGCAAAAUGGUGUUGUCCCUUGGUGGCUGCUAUGCUGCGGAGCGCCCGUAGGACUGAAGCUCCUGCCAGGAAUGCCAGAAGGAACAUCACACGUCCUCAAGAUCCUUUGAGGAUCAGGAAUUCACACCAGCUUGGGUACUGCUUGCCCGGUCGGUGCCCUCAGUGCCAUCCUGGCUUGAACUUAGAAUUUUUAACCAAAGCCUCACCUCCCAUUGAGAAAUCACGUAAGCUGAACGGCAGUAACAGGGAUAUCUUGACUUUAUCGACCGGGCCAUACUUGGAGUCCACUGCGUACAUUUUUCCUGGACUUGGACCUCAGACAGGCAUGGUGCAAUAAACCACAUUUGGAGAUCAAAACAACCUUUUCAGGAUCUUGCAUCCUAACUGUGCCACUUAGCAGAUGAAAAUAAAAGUAAUA